AAAUCCCUAUUGCCCUCGACUCUCUUUUAUUCCCACUUUGCCUUCGUCGCCUUAGUCUCUCUCCAGAUUCUCUCAAAUUCCUCACCCUCCGCCGGUCCGACCCCCUCCGCCCUCCUCCGUUAUCUCUCCCUUCCGCUAGAUCUCGGCACCUCCAUCUGAGAAACCACCCCCACCCACCCACCCAACUGAUCAUCAUCUAUGACGCUGGGCUCAGGAGGAUCGAGUGUCGUGGUUCCACGAAACUUCAGAUUGCUGGAGGAACUUGAACGUGGAGAAAAGGGUAUUGGGGACGGCACUGUCAGCUAUGGGAUGGAUGACGGAGAUGACAUCUACAUGCGUUCUUGGACUGGCACCAUCAUCGGUCCCCACAAUACUGUACAUGAAGGUCGGAUCUAUCAGUUGAAACUGUUCUGUGAUAAAGAUUACCCAGAGAAGGCACCAACUGUUCGUUUUCAUUCUCGGGUUAACAUGACUUGUGUUAACCAUGAAACUGGAGUGGUGGAACCGAAGAAGUUUGGACUUCUUGCAAACUGGCAGCGAGAGUACACCAUGGAGGAUAUACUUACACAACUGAAAAAGGAGAUGGCUGCCCCACAUAACCGGAAGUUGGUCCAGCCUCCAGAAGGUACCUACUUCUAGCUUUCAAGACCGUAUAGUUAUCAUCAUGGAUCAAAUUGCAUCUGCAAUAUGCAAUAUAUAGCUUGUAAUGCCCUCGUUGAUCCUAUGUUAAGAACACGCAGGGGAGUGCCCAAAAAGUUUCUCCUGUUACCUCUCCAUGGCUUCGCCUUUGUUUUGAUUUCUUGUUUUGUCGAACUGUGUUGAAGGGAUGCUGUUUCAUUAAUGGGAUUUGGUGUGUGUCAAACGUUUAACAUACCCUUUAAGUGGAAUCUUCUACCCUUUAUCUGUAUAUAUACUCAUCUUUCAUCUUA